AAUUGAUAGCACAAGUUGAAAGAAAAAAGAGAGGCUGAUAAAGGAAUUACUCUUUCUAAUAGUGACUAACGUGUCUCAAUGGCAAGGUUUUGGGAAUCUGGAUGGUGAGUAUUGGCUCGGUCUGGAGAAUCUCUACUGGCUGACCUCACAGGAUUCCUAGCGCACACAGAGGACUGGCAGGUCCAGCAGACAUUUGCGGAGUACGAUAGCUUCCAUAUAGAGCCUGAGAGCGACUGGUACUGCCUGAGACUGGGAUCCUACCAGAGCACCGCCAGUGACUCGCUCUCCUGGCAGAGCAAUAACACUUUCACCACACUCGACUGCGACAAGGACACCUACUUAGUGCAUGCUUACACUUGACACAGAAAGGAGAACCGUUUCACUUUGGCACAUCUGGAGUCAUUGCUGGAUACAUAUACUUUUUAAAAUCACUAUCAGCAUCAUCAUCAUCAUCAUCAUCUUCGUCAUCUGUUGGUCUUCUGGUAAAGUCAGGCCAUGUUGUACCUUACACAGCUUACCGGCCUGGUCCUUGUUGCACUGAUAAUUGGCGAAACGAGUGGAGAUUGCCUUCUGGAACUCACUGACCUUGAGCUGGACCCUCCUGAGCUGGUGGUACAAUAUGGAGAUCGUGUCUCUGUGAGCUGCCGUUCCCUCUCCAGCUACACUCGUCUGGCCUGGAACGUUCCACUCGAAGAUAUGUCGCGUCCUGAUAAUCAGGCUGUCACCUGGGAAACGGACAAUCUGAUUGAUUGGGAAAUCCAACCUGUGUGCUACAUAAUGGAUGAUGUACAAUGCAACAUAACUCUCCCACUUACCAUUUACAAGCUUCCAGACAAGGUGUCCAUCAAACAUGUGGGUCAUGCUGAAGGAGGAGAGUAUGAGCUCCAGUGUGACAUUCAGAAUGUUGCUCCUCUUCAUCUCCUCUCGGUGAACUGGUACAGAGGACCUGUUCUUAUAAACACCACAAACGUUACUGACUUGUCCAACAACGUUCCAAUGAAUCAUUCCACCAUACUCCACUUCUCCCCCAAGAGAGAUGAUGAUGAUGAUGAUGAUGAUGGUGGUGGUGAUGAUGAUGAUGAUGAUGAUGAUGAUAAUGGAGUUCAGUACAGAUGUGAGGCAAAGAUGAAUCUGGGACCAGAAGGUCCUCAGCCUCCACCUACAGUGACAUCAGAUCCUCUCAACAUUACCAAAUCCACAACAGCACAAUCCAGCGGUUGUUCUGACCUUGAGCUGGAUCCUCCUGAGCUGGUGGUACAACCUGGAGAUCGUGUCUCUGUGAGCUGCCGUUCCCUCUCCAACUACACUCGUCCGGCCUGGAGCUUACCACCUGGAAAUGAGUCUCGGCCUGAUAAUCAGACUGUCACCUGGGCAACAGACAAUCUGACUGAUUGGGAAAUCCAACCUGUGUGCUUCAUGAUGGAUAAUUUACAAUGCAACAAAACUCUCCCACUUACCAUUUACAAGCUUCCGGACGAGGUGUCUAUCAGCAUCGUGAAUCACACAGGGCCAAUGACCGAAGGCAAAAAGUAUGAGCUCCAGUGUGACAUUCAGAAUUUCGCUCCUGUGAACGUCCUUGCUGUUUAUUGGUACAAAGGAGACAGGUUAUUGAAAAACAGAGGAUUCAAAAGCUUGCUGACCAAAAUUCCUAUUAAUAAGACCAUUACAAUGAAGAUCAAGGCCAGCAAAGACGAAGCUGACGCUCCAUACAGGUGUGAAGCACAGCUAAAACUGGGACCAACAGGACCUCAGCCUUCUCCUAUCAUAAAAUCAAAUCUUCUCAGUGUUCCAGUUAAUACCAAACCUCAAAUUACUUGUUCAGAUUGGUUUCCUAUGAGAAAUACCCCCUUGAAUGCUUAUCCUUUUAAUGCUACGGGAAGCCCACCUCCAGUCAUCACCUGGUACCGAGGCAAAUCACUGGUCAGCUCUGAUUUGAGUCUCAGCGAAAAUGACUCGGGCCAAUAUAAAUUCAUUGCCACUAAUGUGGCCGGAAAGGUGUCCUGUGUCAUAAAUGUCAUAGUAGAGUAUGCUCCUAAAUUUGUCUGUCCUACGAGCUACAACGUAAGAGAGGGUGAAUCCUUCUUGGGUGAAUGUUCAGUUGUGGCUUCUCCUGAAGCAAACAUCACCUGGGAAAAAGAUGGAAAACCAGUGAACCCUCUUCAUGAUCUCAGAAGGGGAGACAGCGGCUCAUACGUGAUCACAGCUGUGAACAAGCACGGAACUAAACAACACAAUUUGACCGUUAAUGUUCUGUAUGCCCCAAAAAUUAAGCAAGACAUUCAGUCGGAAACAGUGAACGAAAGUGAAGCCGUGCAUCUCAACUGCAUUGCUGAUGGAAAUCCAGUGCCUCGAGUGAUGUGGAUUUUUAAAAAUCAAACUAAGGCCACUGGGAGCCAGCAAAAAACACUGAUGAUUUCCAAAGUCACUGGUAAUGAUGCUGGUGAAUAUACGUGCACUGCUGAGAAUGACCUCGGGACUGACACAAGGACAGUCUCACUGAAAGUAGAAAGCUUGUGUCCCAUUAAACUUCAGCCUGUUAAAUUAGUGGUGGAGUAUGGUGCAUCAGCCUCAGCGAACUGUUCCUCAACCGUGGCAUUCAGUCAAAUGGGUUGGGAGGCAUCACUGGGAGCAAUAAGCACGACAGAGGAUGUUCAGUUCCUCACCUGGACGGUAAAGAGUCUGACACACUGGGAAAUAGAUCCAAUAUGCUACAUCAACAAGCGUGUGAAUGGCGAGCAGUGCGAGGAGAUUCUCAAAGUUACUCUUUACAAGCGUCCAGACCAGGUGUCUGUCAGUGCUGUGUCUCACACAGGGCCAAUGAUUAAAGGCAGACAGUAUGAGCUCAAGUGUGAUAUUAAGAAUGUUGCUCCUGUUCAUCUUCUCACUGUGAACUGGUACAAAGGACAACAUCUAGUAAAAAAACAAAGUGAUCCUCUCCAGAUCGUACAGGUACGUCCAGUGGAUAAAACUGCGACUCUUCAGAUCUCCCCAAGCAAAGAUGAUGAUGGAGUUCAGUACAAAUGUGAGGCAGAACUGAACCUGGGACCAGAAGGACCUCAACCUCCUCCUGUAGUGGCAUCACAUCCUCUCAACAUUACAGUGCACUACAAACCUGUAACAACUUGCUCAGAUUGGUUUCCUAUGAGAAAUACCCCCUUGAAUGCUUUUAAUGUUACGGGAAGCCCACCUCCAGUCAUCACCUGGUAUCGACACCAAUCACUGGUCAGCUCUGAUUUGAGUCUCAGCGAAAAUGACUCGGGCCAAUAUAAAUUCAUUGCCUCUAAUGCGGUAGGAAACACAUCCUGUGUCAUAAACGUCACAGUAGAGUAUGCUCCUGAAUUUGACUGUCCUGCGAGCUACAGCAGAAAAGAGGGUGAAUCCUUCUUGGGUAAAUGUUCAGUUCUGGCUUCUCCUGAAGCAAGCAUCACCUGGGAAAAAGAUGGAAAACCAGUGAACCCUCUUCAUGAUCUCAGAAGGGGAGACAGCGGCUCAUACGUGAUCACAGCUGUGAACAAGCACGGAACUAAACAACACAGUUUGACCGUUAAUGUUCUGUAUGGGCCAACAAUUUACAGUUUCACACACUCAGCAGCGCUGAAUGUUGGCGACAACGCGUCUUUUAGCUGCACUGCAAAGGGGAAUCCAGAGCCUGUUGUAACGUGGUACUUUCAAAAUCAAAGUCUGACCACUGGGAGGCAGAAGAUCAUGCUUAAAAUUUCAAAAGCUAAGUUGGCUAAUGCUGGUGAAUAUAGAUGCACUGCUGAGAAUGAAGUUGGGCUUGACACAAGGAAUUUGUCACUGACGGUAAAAAAAAGCAACCUUCGAACAAUGUUGAUUUGCUUUGGGAUUUUAUUAGCAUUUAUAAUCAUUAUUGCAUAUAUAUGUUACAUAUAUCUCAAACGCAGACGAACUGGAAACUACAACAUACAGAAUGAUGGAGUCUCUAUGUCACUAUUGAACAAGAAUGAAAACAUGAAGACGGACACAGAAAAUAACUCUUAAAGACACCUCGUGUGAUUUUAGAAUUGGAUAAGCAUUUGUUCUUAAGACUGCGCUUUGCUGGAAUAAAGUUCUUUGUUUACACUGUAAUUUUUUGUAAACAUAUUGCAGUCAACAAAUAUCAAAAAGACCAUUUGCACUUAUAUCAUGAAGCUCCCAUGAUGCUCUCUGAUUUUGUUGUGUCCACCAUCUUUGUGGGAUAGCAUCCAUGGCGACCGAGGAGAGUACAUUGGCGAACUGUAAUUUUUCGUAAAUAUAUCACGAAUUGAGUAACAGUGACAAGAAUACAGCAAUAUUGUAGAGUAUGAAGACGAUGUACAGAUGUGGCCGGGUGUAAAUUACACAGACAUCGUGAAUGACCUGGCGUUAACUACUAGCUUCGUCACUGGGCAGCAGAUGAAAGCAUACAAAAAUUUAGCACAAGUUUACUGUAAGGAUCUAGUAGGUUCCUGAUGUGGGCAAAUGUUACACAAAAGACAACCUAAUUAUUGAUGUCUUCUAAGGCAACAUUUUACCGAGCUCAACAACCUACAUUUUACUGGGGCUUUGCGCGAUGCAUUUGUAACUGCAAUAUAAAUUGGAGUAGCACUUGCAUGUAUAUCACUUACAGUGUGAUGCCUCUUUAUACAGUGGUGCUUGAAAGUUUGUGAACCC